CUUGACAGUAUUAAAGCACAGGUUACCGCUCAAUCAGGGAAUCUUCCCUUCAUCCUUGUGCAAACUGUCUGGGCCUGAAUGCCAGCGCCCUCCUCUGACCUCUCCUCUCGCACGGCAUCUUCAGUGCUCGGCCAUGUGAACCUCAUGAUGGAUACAUUCAUCGCUAACGCUAACGCGGAAGAUCUCCGUGCGAUCGUACGAGGGAUGAUCGCGACCAGCCCCCCGGCAUCGGCAUCGAGCCUUGCUUCACUGGCGCGACGCAGGCUAGUACAAACUGGAGCCCCGAGCGUUCCUUCACCGGACGGCCUAUUCAUUUCCGAUACAUCGCGCGGUUUAAGUGCACCUACCGAUAAACUGCGACAAGUUCUGUCACGGGUCCGAGCUCUCUACGGAGCCGGACUCGGAUUCGCGAGUCUCAAGAUCCUCGCGGUGAUCGUAAAGGCGGCGGAGGGCAUAAAGUGGAUGGAAGGAAGCGAGUUGGAGACGCUGCUUGCGGCGAUCGACGUGGACAUCAGUCAGGCCAUACAGAGCUGCAAGGAAGAGGCGGACAGUGGGAGAGUGACAAAUUUGGCAUUCGGGAGGGCGGCGGUGAAUGAAUUGCGCGCUGCUGUCAAGGAGAACAGGAUGGUAGUGGUAUCUGGGGUGGGCGGUUACCUGUUCGAGCAGGGAGAGAAUGCGUUAGACUACUGGAAGAUUUAGACUUUGUUUGCGCUCGGAGUACUCGAUACACUGGGCCAUGCAGAAGUCAGAAACCGUCAGCCAAUACCAAGGCUAGACCACAUACCAAGAUGAUGACUCCAGGUCUCUCUGUCGAUGGACGUACGAGGACACGUUGGAAUUCUGCCUCUGGACGGUGGGAAUGGUAGCUCACGUGCUGUACUGCUAAUAAUAGCACCAUUGAGUUGCGAGUCGAGAUGAGUCGUUCCGGAUGAGCUGACUCUCGCAAUUGAACCCACGCAUGAGCACAAUAUUUUCUUCAGCUCCUGGUGCACUCGUUCGACUCGGAUUCUGGUGGUACACUUUGCCAGUGCCGGUAUUCGAUUGA